CUAGCCGCUUUUUAUUCGUAAAAUGGCAGCUGUGCGCGCUCGUUGUAUUCGCGAUUCCGUUAUCCGUUGAAUUUUUUCUUUGCGUUACGAAUGGCAGACAUAAAGUGAAUUGAAAAAGUAAAGGUUUCUAAUUCUAUUAUAAAAUAUAAAUUUGGAUUAAUAAGCGGUAAAAAGUAUUGAAUUAAUAGAAGAAAGUCCACUCCUUUAGCAAAGUGAUUCAAAUGGAAUAUAAAUGUAUUUUGCACUGUAAAAACAAAAGUUGACGCUGCCAAUUGUUCCGCGAAUUUUCCUGCAAAGGAUAUAGUGAAAUAUUGAUAUGGGGAGUGUGUUGUCUGAAGAAGUUUCGAAAUAUUGAAUUACAAGUUUUUUAAUGACUAAGAAAUAAAAGUAUCCUGAAGUUCUUUGAUUUUAUUAAUGUUUUGAGAAGUGAUAAAGUAGUGUAAAGUUUCGAAAGUUGAAGUGUUUUACCGUCUGACUGGAAGGAAUUAUGUUUAGCGGAAUAACUUCCUGAUUUUAUAUCAGACGCUUUGAUACACUUACAUAUGUAUGUACAUAAUAUCCCUUCACUUCAAAGGACGAAAUAUUUAUGAAAUGUGCGUAUGUGUGUGUUCCAUAGAGAGUGUAACACUAACGAUAUGUAACAACGGAUUCGCCAAAACAAUCAAACAAUUGGUACCGGACAAGACGAGAAAAACAUUCAGAAUUAAUGAUCAAUUUCAUUUUACGAUAACAAUAGCGCAAACAACAACAACAACAACAGCAGCAAACGCAUGAAAAUAAACACGCGAACAACCAGCAGAAUAGCAACGAAACCAAAACGAUUCCAUCAAGUGAUCUGAACGAAAAUGUCGAACAAACAACAAAAACGUAAAGAACAACAAAAAUCAAAAUAAUAAAAAAAGUGUAAAAAAAAAUUAAAAACAUUUGCGUCGAAGAAAUUGUGAAGAAAGCAUUAGUGAAGAAGAAGCAAAACAAAAAAAAAUUAAUCUAACCUAAAAAUAAUUAAAAAGCUGAAGCAACAGCAUAAAAAAUACGAACAAAAUAAAUAAAGUCAGUCAAUCAAAGAAAAAUAUAAAAAUGUCGAAAUGUCAAAAUAAUUCCAAUAAUUCGGCGCAGCUUUUAAUGCGCUGCAUUUUCAGAGCAGAUAUAAGCGGUUGAGCCACCACCCUCCACCGCCGAAGGCGUUCGAUGUUUGUCGUCGUCGUUUGAUGUGUGUUGAUAUAAUAUUUGUCGAGAAAAAAAAUCUGCGAAUGACGAAAUUAAGCGACGCCGCAAAUAAAUAAAGGAAACGCCUAACACCAGUAAUAAUAAUAAUAAUAAUAAUAACGAAGUGCUAGCAAUUAGAGGCAAUUAACGUAAUUGUCGAAAAUUGUCAAAACAUUCUCGAAAGCCGCAAGAAAUAGUAAUAAAUAUCCGAAAAGUGUUGCCUCAGUGUUCCUACUUUGAGGUUAAGUGAUUUCUUUUUUUUUCAAAAGGCAAAUAUAGUGUAUUUAUCACAAUGGAUUUGAGCUUAGAACGCGACAGCAGCUCUGCGCUGGGCAGUCUCUUCCAGCAGAUUAUCAACGACUUGAAGAACACAUCGCCGCUGUGGGAAGACUUUGUUACCAAGGCCACCAAAUUGCAUCAAUGUUUACGUGCCGCCAUUCAGGCAAUCGCCGCGUAUUUGGACGCGUUCCAAAAAAUCGCAGACGCAGCAACAAAUUCAAGAGGAGCUUCCAAAGAAAUCGGCACCGCUUUGACGCGGGUCUGUCUACGCCACAAAGCAGUCGAAUCACGUCUGAAGACUUUCACAACAGCAAUAAUGGACUGCCUUGUACAGCCAUUGCAAGAAAAACUAGAAGACUGGAAGCGCACAGUGAUCACCAUCGACAAGGAACAUGCCAAAGAGUAUAAGCGCUGUCGCACCGAACUGAAAAAGCGAUCCAGCGACACGUUACGACUGCAGAAGAAAGCACGUAAAGGUCAAUCGGAUACUAUACAGUCGCUUAUGGACUCGCAUAAGCAGGAUGUGACAUUGCGACGCGCCGAAUUGGAGGAGGUGGAAAAGAAAUCUUUGCGUUCGGCUAUGAUCGAGGAGCGUUUACGAUACUGUACGUUUGUACAUAUGCUGCAGCCCGUGGUGAAGGAAGAGUGCGAAGUCAUGUCGGAGCUGGGGCAUUUGCAGGAAGCAAUGGAUUCAAUCGCCCUCGUUACGAAAGAGCCCAGCGUGCUGCCACAAGCAUCUGAGGAACUUAUACAUGACACCAAAGCCACAAUGUCGCUAUAUCCCGAAUCGCCGGGUGGCGGUUCGAGCUCACAAGGUGGUUGCUCGAAUUCGCUGGGCUCACGUAAAAGUUCCGUUUGUUCUAUUAGCUCCAUGAACAGCAGUGGCUCAAGCAACUCACCGGGACAUCAUCACUAUCCACGUUCGCUAUCGCAGUUAAUUUCGCCUGCAAUACGCUUGAAACCUGGUGAAUCCAGUGAUAGUGGCUUUUGCUCAUCGCCAGCGCUAACCACACAGGCUACUACUGCCACUAGUCAAUCACAUGCUGUUUCCACUUGGCCACCACAUUCCCAAGAUGCCGUGCCAGUGUUGCCACCUGCCUCCGAUCGUCCACACACAAUCUCAACUGCCUACGAGAAGGGACAUCAGCGGCCACCACUUACCGUUUACACGUUCCAGAAUCCGGAGACCAUACUGGAGGGUAGCGGCGGCGGCAGCGGCAGCAUACCAGGUACGCCAAACGGCACCAGUGGCGGUGCUGGAUCCGGCGCUAAUACACCAUCUACACAAAAGUCGCCAGCCGGUGCAUUGAGUCGCCCACCGUUGCCAGUGCGCUGCUCUUCGUUGGAACGACCACUUUCGGCCAACAAUAAUCGCAGCACCAACAAUCUCUUACAGCGUCAAUGCCCCUCACCAAUACCGGCGCACAUAACAAAAGAGCUAUCAGCGCAUCAUGCACAACAACAACACAUGCAGCAGCAGCAGCAACAGCAACUGCAACAACAUCUGCAGACAACAUCCCCGCCGCCCACUUACGUCAAUAUGUCUGAGUUGGCCAACAUGGCGGCAGCAAAAAUUACUAACCAACAACAACAACAGCAGCAACAACGGCCAGUCGCCAAUCUGCAACAACAACACUCGAUCGACUCUAUAUCCUCACAGUUUUCCAACGAUUCGACUGCAUCGGGCUAUCAGCAGUCACAACAACAACAAUCGCAGCACCAGUCAGGUGUUAUGGUCAGCGGCAGCAAAACACGUUCACAUUCCGUUUCCUCUUCGUCUCUCCUCGAACACACCUCCCUGCAUUCGCAUCCCUCCAUAGAAUCCGGCACGAUAGCCACACCACUUGUUGGCCAAACACCGACACCGUCGAGUGGCAGCUCAACACCACAAAACCACUAUUCACCACUGCUGACCAAUUCACCGUCAUCCACGGCGGCUGGUACACCAAGUGGCGGCAGCGUGACGAGCGGCAUGUUGAGCGGUUUCGUAUACAAUGUCAAUUCACCAACGCCACCACAAAGUGGCACCGCUUCAGUCGAUAGUGAUGUGCUGAAGAUCACCGAAACCGAUGCAGCCGGUCAACAACCCACCAUUGUACCCGCACACGAAACAAAUACACAGCAACAACAAACAAGUAAUACUACCAAUAACAAUGCUAUGAAUAAUGCUACAUGCAUAGAGUCCCAAACCACUCCCACCGAAACGUCCGAACAAACUUAUACAAAUGCCACCGAUUCAACUGCGACAGCAAACGAUACAGAAUCCCCAACUAUUGUAGAGAAUGAUGAACGUUCACGCGCCUCAGUGCUGCAGAAAGCCUCGAUGUUCGAGAAACAGGCGGCAGCCGCAGCCGCAGCUGCUUCCACCGCUGCGGUCACACCGGGACGCUCCACGGUCGAGGCCAUAUAUGGUACGCGCCGGACUCCGGAUGAGGUUUAUCGCGCGGCAAACACCAGCGCCGCUGGCAAUCAUUAUCAACAGCCGUCGCCACAGCAACAGCAACAACAACAGCAGCAGCAGCAGCACGUGGAGCAGCAAGAAGUGGAUAAAAGUUUUGAAGACUCGAUCCAAGAAUUAAAUAAUUUAAUUGGCGAAUUAGACUCGUUUCAACGCGAGAUCGAUGCAAGCAAGCGCGCAACAGCAACAACAACAACGCCCACCCCAACAGCGGAUGAGACUGUGGGCGACAAUUGUGGUGAUCGUCCCUUCCCCUUGAUCGGCACGAGCAGCAACAGCGUCGUCGUCGCCGACAGCAAUCAGAUGAGCAGCAAUGCCAAGGCAAUAACAACAUUAGCAGACACAGAGGCGGAGCGUGUCGACACAACAACGCCAUUAACCGUUAUUUGUCCGCCGCGUCCACCCAAAUCACCGCAAUGCGCCAGCAAUCAAACGAGCGGUUGCGGCACUGAUCUCUCCGACACUGCUUCCGAUGAUGUGGCCGCUGAUGUCGGCUCGCUGACGAGCAUAAAUAACAAUCACAACAACAAUAACAACACAAAGAGUAGCAGCAACAAUAAUGAACACAAUACCAGCUUGAGCAGCCGAGAGAGUUGUGCCACAGGCGGCAAUGACAAUAACGGUCGCACACUGCAACAAUACAAUUCCGAUUCGGAGCUGAGUCGUUGCUAUGUAAGCGAAACGAGUUCGCUGGCGGGCGGCUACGAGAAUCCCACUUUCGCGCACUUCGCCACAGCGGUGUCCUCAUCGUCGAUAGCCGCCUCGUCGGGCGUGGAUGAGCCCGCCGAUGUGGGCAGCGCUAUUGGCGAUAAUCGCUCGCUGAUGGCAGUGUCAUCGACAACGACGGCCGACGAUUGCGCAUCGCACACCUCCGACACGUACCAAACGCCACAACAGGCUGCGGACAACGGCAGCGAUGGCGGCAGUAAUGUCGUCGUUAUCUACGAUCAUCAGAUACCCAUCACGCCUGAUAUCGAUUAUGUCAAACAGAUCGAGAUUGUCGUGCUGCGCACAAAGGAUCCACUACAGCAACAAUUGGGACGACAGGAAAUGCGCGAAUUGACACAACUGCCGACUAGUUUGUGUGCACCACACGAUGGUUUGGCCGCACCGGGCGCCGGCAUGAUGUCCGUGCUGGCCUUGUCGUCGUCGUCGUUGUCGUGCUUGGGACCGACCUCGCCACCGCACACCGCAACCGUAGCGCCUGCCAAACAGCGACUCUCCUCUUUCCGCGCCUCCAGCGAACAACAACUGCAGCUGCUCGGUUGUGGCGACAACAACAAUAGCGGCAGCGAACUCUCACUGCUGCGCACGCCGCACCACCGCCAUCAUCAGCACCAGUACGCAAACGCAGGAGGCGUAACACGCAUAGCGCGACGCUCAUCGGUAAAUACGGCCAAGCCACCGCCGCCAGUGCGUCGCAGCUCAUCGGUGACGCCAAGUCACAAUGCCACCGGCACAGCGGCUACACAAUCGCCACAUCAAAAUCAACAGCAGCAACAACAACAACACUAUCAACAACUUCAUCAUUUACAUCCUCAUGCCAACCAACAGCCACCGCCGGCUACGACAACAACAAUACAAAAUUCCCACUACGAUACCGUUGAUAGUCUGCCACCCCCACCCGCUUAUCUGCUAGACUCAAGACAAGCACAAUCGUCGACUCCCACACCGCCACCACCAUCAGCUGUUUCGACCUCGGCAAUACCGAGUUCAUCGUUGAAAGUUGCCGAAACGGUGAAGGCGUUAUCGGCUAUGCGUCAUAAACCCGCUUCCCCGAACGCGAUACGGCAUAUGCAACAGCAACAACUUCAUUCGCAACAACAGCAACAGUUGCAGCAAUCACAUCAAUCGCUGCAGUAUUCACCAACACAAACACCAACACCGUCAUCACCAUCACCAAGACCAACACCAACACCUAUACAACUACAACAGAAUAUUUACUCAACCACUGUUAAGACAUUCUCCUCUACCGCUUUGCUGCCGCCCGACUGCAACACUGAACAGACGCUUCAUUACGACGCCUACUCAUACUAUAAUCCCUAUAUGGAGGUCAGCAGGACCACCACCCAACUGACCUCUGCCAAAAUGCCGCUUACUAAUGCUAAUCAUGCUAAUGCCGCUGCUAAUGAAGCUGCCUAUCAAACUUUGCCAAUAACACCAACAUCUAUUUAUUACUAUGAUGCCGUUACCAUGCAGCCAACAACAACAAUAGCAACAACACCAACGAAAUCACAAUACUUGCAGUCGAAUGCACUGCCGGACACGUAUGGUGUGCACACGACGAUUCGUAGUACACCCACAAAGACAAACAAUCCACCGGUGUCACCAUCAUAUACCUCACCACCACCAUACGAUUUCCAACAUAGCAAAAUAGAGUUGCCACCACCAUUACCGCCACCCAAUCCCAAUCAACAGCGUUCGCUUAAGCAACAGCAGCAACAACAACAACAAAAACAAAUUGCGGAUCACCAAUACAAUACACAAGCUACAUCCACACCGCAUCCAACACAAUAUCAACACACCAACAACAACAAUCAGUUUCAACAAAAACGCCAACAUGAACAGAUUUAUGAUUAUUUGCCGUCACAUCAGCACCUGCACCACUCCCCCAAGCUACAGCAUAAGCCGCCGCAGCAGCAGCAGCCAUCGCAAAUACAACAACAACAACAGCAAUUAGCACAUCAUUUAGACGCUCUCAUGAUCGACAAUGAGGAUGAGGCGACCGUGUAUAGCGACAACGCCUCAUUCCGCACCUCAUCGCCCGGCAUUUAUGCGCAGCCGAAAAUAGUCACAAGCAUGUCGAGUUUCCGUUCGGGCAGUCCGGCACCAACGAAUGACCAUCACAAUCAGCACCAUCACGUCAUACCACCAACACAACCGAAAACCAAUCCGAAUUUGAUUGCACAGCUGAGUGCGCGACUAAGCAAGCAAAAUCAACAGCAGCACACCAGUGAUGGCAUUUAUGGCUCAACACCGAAUUCACCAAAUCAUCACAAUAUGCACCAGCAACAACAACAACAGCAGCAUCAGCAUCAGCACCACCAAAGUGAGCCAGUCUAUAUGCGAAACUACACGCAUCCUCACCAUCAACAGCACCAGUCGCCGCAGCAGCAGCAGCAGCAGCAAAUGUCGUCAAACGCCACCGGUUCGAUGCAUCAGCAGCAAAACUAUGACGCUGCGCAGACGCCCAAGCAUCAGUCGUCUUAUGCACCAGCCGGUGGUGUCGCUAGACAGCAGCAGCUGCAGCAACAACAACAGCAGCACCAUCCUCAUCAUCGCGAGCCACACACACACAGCUGCCCGCCGCCGCUUGAAAAUCCACCGCCGCCACCCACGAACUCAUCCAUUUAUGCUGCCACUGCCAAUGCCACCGCGACCAUGCCCAAAAAUGCUAUGCGCUCCAAUGCAGGCGCCACCUAUGCGCCGCCCACCGCCACCAUGACAUUACCUAAGAAUCUCGCACAACAGCGUUUACAACAGCAACAACACUAUCAGCAGCAGCAGCAGCAGCAACAACACUACCAACAGCAACAAUAUCAACAAUCUACCGCCAUCGGCGCCAACGCAGCCGCUCAGCAACACCAUCAGUCACAGCAACAUUCCCAGACGGCGACUGUUAACCAACGCGCACAGAUGCCACUGCCACACCAACAACAACAGCAGCAACAAAUGUCCUACAAGCAAAAAUCGGCCACAUUGCAGAGUAACCACCGUCAACCGCCCAUACCGUCGCGUCACUCCAGCGUGCAACAAAAGAUAUUCGUGGCCACCAAUCCGUUCAUACAAACCACCACCAUACAUUGUCACUCGCCCGCGUCGGUGCAUUCGCAGCCGGCUUCGCCCACCUGCUCGUCGCCGUCGUCGUUGGCGAGCAUUUAUGGCACCAGUUCGCGCAGUCAUCAUCACCAUCACCAUCAGCAGCAGCAACAGCAACAACAUCACGGCAGUGGCAGUGGUAGCGGCGGCAUCGGCGGCGGCGCAGCCGGCAAUGGUUACUAUGCCGCCCCGCACAAUCCAACGAGUUACGCCAGCUCAAACAUUGAGAAAGCCGGCAGUAUACGCUCGAAAACCAAAGCUGAAUUUCUCGAAAACCUCAACGCCAAGCUGGCCAAACAGGGCCUCUCUGGACGCGCCUUCGCUGUGCGCAAUCUAAUCAAUAGCAAAGCAUUGCCCGAUCCCCGAAUUUGCCAUGAAUCGUUAAUGGAUCAAAUCAAACGCGGCGCUACGCUGAAGCGAAAUCAGAAAAUCAACGAUCGCAGUGCACCGAAAAUCCACUAGAGCACUUUAAACGAGUACGAUUGAGCUGCCGUUGCCGAUGCCGAUGUCGCAGUCAACCAAACGUGAGUCCUUAACAAACUCAAUAAUAACAAUGAAACAGGGCCAGGGCGGGGGAAGAGAAGGAAGUAGGUGAAGAAAUAUGUCACGCCUCCUUUCUUCCUUUCUUUUUCGCUACGUGAUUCCAAAGCCGACGCUUUGAGGCUCAACCGAACAUAUUUAGACUGUUGUUGUCGUCGCUAAUGAGGAAUUACGAAUAAUUAUUAAAACAAUACAUACUUAUAUACAUACAUAAAUAAAAAUUACUAUAUAAAUACAAUACAUAUUGCAGUUAGUUGUAAGCGAAAGUGGGAAGAAAUUAUCAUACACUUGCGAUAAAAAAAUCUAAGGAAAUUCAAGCAAAUAGUAUAUGAAAUGUGAAGAAGCGUUGAAGUUGAAGAACCUACAUAAGAAAUAAGCGUGAAUUAAUGAAACUGUUCCAUAUCCACAUUCAUAUUAAUUUCAAAAAUAUAUACAUAUUUAUAAAAAUCAAGUAAUAAUUAUCAUUUUGACACAAACUCUGCGUUAGAUACAUAUCUACAAUUGCUAAUCUGUGCCGUUAUGUGUGUUGUUGUUGGCAAAAGUGAGGUCUUUUUUGUUUAUAAAGUCACUUUUCAACUAUUUUUGUACAAAAAAGUGCGAAGAUUUAUUAUAAAUAAUUUUUUUAGACUCACUGUUGCUUUGUAUGGCCCACACAUACAUACAUACGCACACAUAUGCAAUUAUAUUUCUGUAUCGCAGUGUGUUUGUGCGUUCGUUCAUAGAACGAAUCUUUUUACUCUUACCAUUUAUGCUAACAUAAUGCAGUUACUGCUUUUAUUUUACAACAACAAUGUAAAAUGUUAUAACAGUGAAUAUUUUGUUUUAUUUUUUGUUUACAAUUUUAACUAUAAUAAGUAUACUUUAUACAAACAUAAAUAUAUGCUAUUUCACAUAUACGUAGUAUACAAAAACAAUAAUGCAUAUAUCUUGACAAACAAUCGUCACCUAAAAUGCAAAAUAACGUAACAUCACUUUUCAUAAGUUUGCAAAUGAAGGCAAAACGAUAUAAGACAUAACAAAAACCACUCAUAUUGAAACAAAAUGUUUGUUUUGUUUAUAAAAUGGUUAUAUAUUGGUUAUAAAGUGGUUAUAUAUUGGUUAUUAUAUCAUCGACAGCGAUUUUCGAUUUGUUUUUGUUGAUACGCUGUUUUGCAUUUUAGGUGACUAUAUACACAAACAACCGUUUGAAUGAAAAAAUAUCCGCAUUUUCCCAUUAAAGUAGAAAACUCGAAUUUUACCAAAAAUUAAAAAAAAGAAAAAUAAUUUAAAACAUAAAAGUAUAUAAAUUGAGGCAUUAAAUGUAUGUAAGGCAGGCGAAAGGAAGCUUGAAAAAGGCACAUAAUUUGCGUUACAAUGUUUUUUUAUAGUUUUUUGUUU